AUGGUACAGGUAGAACGGAUCCCGUUCCACCCGAGGAAAAGCGUGAUUCGUGACGAAACGCUUGCCGAAUUCAUCCGUGCUGGGAUCACCGGAACAUUAACCGAGGUGCCCGGCAUUGGAGUCGCUACAAAGAAGGCUCUGGCUGAGGGAGACGAACCCAUCAAAACAACGCACCAGCUGUUCGGAAAAUUUCUGGCGCUUUCCCCUGAUGAGCCGGACUGCGAGGAGCACUGCAACAGCUUCAAGUUUUGGCUCCAAGACAAGAACGUCGGUAAUGGACAGCUGAACAGCAUUGUCGAGGCGAUUGCCGAAAAGGCUCAAACUUGGAUCCCUGGAGUCUACGACGCUGAUACCUUCAAGGAGAAGGUGUAA